AUGGCGCCGUCUUCUCAGGCGCGCAGUCGCAGCGGCAGUGCCGCUAUCAGCCAGCGCAGCAGCAUCGGUGCGCAGGUCGCUCCUCUCGGGCCGCAUGACUUGACGCCAAACGCAGAUGGUUCAACGUGCUCGCUAGAAGUCACGGGAACAGCGCUGACGCUGGAGGAGGUGGGGUGUCGCUCGGUGACACAGCGCUUCCUGUCGGCGCUGCGCCGACACGUGCGGCAACGCGGCUCAGGCCUCUUCAAGAGUCGCGACAGCACCUUGCGCGCUGCCCUGCAGUCGGGCGAGGUGUAUCUCCACCAUCACCCCUCGCUGCAUCUGCCAAGCCAGAACUACUUUUCUCACAGCCUGCAGGAGAAGUAUGAUAAGCUCAACACCACCGACGCCUCCUUGGAGGCGCUCUACGUUCGGCCUGCGUUCCAGGAGUGGUUUGUGGCGAAUCGUGAGCAGCUCCUGCGCGACAUGCGACUUCGAGAGGCAUUCGCCAAAUGGUGCAACGUCGCGACGGUCUUCGUGCUCGUUGUCGCCUUGUUGCUGCUUCCAGCAUACAGCUUCAGCAUGCAGACCAACGCCACGCAGUGGGUGUCGCCCUUGACAUCCGUUGAUGACGAGGCCACUGUCGCCGCCGCCCCUCUGGCGCAGCUUUUGGCCACGCGUCUGCACUACAUCCAGUCCCGGGGGUCGACGCCUCGGAUCGCCACCAGUACGACGCUGUCCUCCUCUCGCCCUCGCGCCGACGCCAGUGUGAUGGCUACUAACGCGGUAAAGGCCGCGGAGUACGUGAGCGUUGUGGCUGCCGCGUGCGCACUCGUGACGAGUUGCUUUAUGCCGCGCGAGAGCUGCACCACCGCGUCUGUCGCGCUUGUGUCGUUUCUCCUUCUCGUGGUGGAGUCAGCGCUGGUGCCGGAGGCGGCGGUGAAGCUGGGGUUGGGGUUUCUCGUUGUGUUCACGAUCGUCGCAAUGAGUGUCUGUCGCGCCGCUGUGUAG